AUGGCGACCGCUGCUCCGUCAGUCCCCAAGCUUGACCGCUACGUGGUCAUUCACGUUGCGACCACUUGCGAUGAACAUGGUGUUUAUGUCACAAAGGAUUCUGCAGAAGUCAUUGAACUGGGUUGGAUCCUGCUCGACAGUAAGACGUGUGACGAGAUCUAUCGGGAAAGCGUCCUGGUGAAGCCCGUCAACACGCCCAUCACACCUCUCUGCACCAGCCUCACCACCUUGACUUGGGAGCACGUCCGCAAUGCCGGCUCUUUCCGGGAUGCGGUCACUCGCUUUGACCAUUUUGCUCAGGAGCACCUUAUAUCCAAGAACCUGGAGUUUUCCUUUGUCACACUGGAUUCCUGGGACUUGCGGGUCCAGUUGCCUCGAGAAGCCCGCGAUAAGGCAGUCGUCCUACCGGCUUACCUGCAACACUCCCGGACCUUCGACUUGCGUUCAGAGUAUGCCCGGUGGCAGCAGCACCACCCGGAGUCCCUGCCCUUUGGCCCCAGUUCUCUAGCAAACAUCUGUGCUGCUCUUGAGGUGGAGCCUGUGCAAUCGUCGGCGCCAAUCAAGCACAACCUGCCCUUCCAUCUGCAGGCGUUGGCGCCUGCCUCCCCUCGCCGCGCCAUGGAAGAGGCAGUCACUCUGGCCAGGGUUCUCCGGGGCCUCAUUCGGAAGUCUCAGCCCGCCCAUGAACACCCGGAUGUUCUGACUCGCCCCAUGGACGCCAGGGCCGAUGUGAAUGCCUUCCUGAAGGAACGCAGCAAGGUCCUACACAUGAACGGUCUUCCGCACGACACAACUCAGUCAGAACUCGAGAGCUGGUUCACUCAAUUCGGAGGGAGGCCAAUCGCCUUUUGGACCCUUCGUACUCCAGAUCAGCAUAAGCCUACAGGGUCAGGUUUCGCCGUGUUCUCUUCGCACGAAGAGGCCGCUGAAAGUCUCUGUAUGAACGGACGCGCCCUCAACGAAAAGGCCAUCGAGGUCUCGCCUUCUUCAAGUCGAGUCCUCGAUCGUGCCGCCGAGAUCUUGACUCCAUUCCCUCCAAGCAAAAACCGACCACGACCAGGCGACUGGAACUGUCCCUCAUGUGGUUUCUCCAACUUCCAACGCCGUACUGCCUGCUUCAGAUGUUCUUUCCCCGCCGGAGGAGCCACGGGUGUUGAUCCAUAUUACAAUUCCUACGCCGGUUAUGGACCUCCUCACAUGAUGGGUCAUCAUCCUCACAUGGGACAUCAUGGACAUGGAGUGGGACAUCACGGCCGCGGUGGAGCUGGUAUUGUCCCCUUCAGAGCUGGUGAUUGGCGAUGCGGUGCAGAAGGCUGCUCAUACCACAACUUUGCCAAGAAUGUCAACUGUCUGCGCUGCGGUGCCCCUCGUGCUGGAGCUGCAGUCGUGGUCGAUUCAGCCUAUCCUUCUCCCAUGGCACCACCGUCAGAGUAUGGUAUGGGACCCGGUUCGAUGGCAAGCACCCCUGGACCCGCUCCAUAUGGUGCUGGCGCAGCUGCUUUUGGUUCUGGAGCCGCUUUUGCUCAGCCCCCCAGUCAAUUUGGCAUGCCUUCUGGAAUGGGUGGCCCACCGGCCGCUCCCUUCCCCCAGAUGGGUAGCAUGACUCCUGGAUACGCUUCCAGCAACAUGUCUCAUUCCUCCUUCGGCCCUGCGGCUCAAGCUGCUUUUAGUGGUGCUGCUGACACGAAUGCACCGAGCAAUCUUCCUCAGAAUGGCUUCUACGGCAACGGACCUGGUGGAGACCCUUUCGCCUUCCUCUCUGCUGGCAUUGACAGCCUCAGCAUGGUGACGCCUGAUGAAAACCAAGGCCCUCGUCGCAACGGUGGUCCUCAGAGCGCGAAAAGCCCUGCCUAA